CCACCGAUCAGGGAGAUGGACGGAACCAUCCCCGCCCGAGGGAGGGGGACGCGACGCCAUUUUGUGUCGGUGGGAGAGCUGGAUGCGGCCUGGCUCCGGACGGAACCAUCUGGAUCUAGAGACAAUGGCCCCGAGGGAAUGGACCCCGAUGGCAUCAUUGAGAGCAACUGGAAUGAGAUCGUUGACAGCUUUGACGACAUGAACCUGUCGGAGUCCCUGCUGCGGGGAAUCUACGCCUAUGGGUUUGAGAAGCCCUCCGCCAUCCAGCAGCGAGCCAUUCUUCCUUGUAUCAAGGGUUAUGAUGUCAUUGCACAAGCUCAGUCUGGCACUGGGAAGACGGCCACCUUCGCCAUCUCUAUCCUCCAGCAGAUCGAGCUGGACCUCAAGGCGACCCAGGCCUUGGUGCUGGCCCCAACCCGUGAGUUGGCCCAGCAGAUCCAGAAGGUCGUGAUGGCCCUCGGGGACUACAUGGGGGCCUCGUGCCACGCCUGUAUUGGGGGCACCAACGUCCGGGCCGAGGUGCAGAAGCUGCAGAUGGAAGCCCCCCAUAUUAUUGUGGGGACUCCGGGCCGUGUCUUCGACAUGCUGAACAGGAGAUACCUGUCUCCCAAGUUCAUUAAGAUGUUUGUGCUGGACGAGGCCGACGAGAUGCUCAGCCGGGGCUUCAAGGAUCAGAUUUACGACAUAUUCCAGAAGCUGAGCGGGAACACCCAGGUGGUGCUCCUGUCGGCCACGAUGCCCAUGGACGUGCUGGAGGUGACCAAGAAGUUCAUGCGGGACCCGAUCCGCAUCCUGGUGAAGAAGGAGGAGCUGACCCUGGAGGGCAUCCGGCAGUUCUACAUCAAUGUUGAGAGAGAGGAGUGGAAGCUGGACACGCUCUGCGAUCUCUACGAGACCCUGACCAUCACCCAAGCCGUGAUCUUCAUCAACACCCGUCGAAAGGUCGACUGGCUCACCGAGAAGAUGCAUGCUCGGGACUUCACCGUCUCUGCCAUGCACGGAGACAUGGACCAAAAGGAGCGGGACGUGAUCAUGCGGGAAUUUCGCUCCGGCUCCAGCCGGGUCCUCAUCACCACUGACUUGCUGGCCCGUGGCAUUGACGUGCAGCAGGUGUCGCUUGUCAUCAACUACGAUCUGCCCACCAACCGCGAGAACUACAUCCACAGGAUCGGCCGAGGGGGACGCUUUGGCCGGAAGGGGGUGGCCAUCAACAUGGUGACGGAAGAGGACAAGCGCACCCUGCGCGACAUCGAGACCUUCUACAACACCUCCAUCGAGGAGAUGCCCUUGAACGUGGCCGACCUCAUCUGAGCGCCCCCCGGUGGGCGCCCCGGGCGCUGCCCCCGCGAGCCGCUCGCACGUGCCGCCGCCGGACACUUUUUUUUUAAUUAUUUUCCUCUUUUUUUUUUUUUGGGUUUCUUUAAUUUUUUUUUUUUUUGGUUCUUUUGAAUAAAUGUCACUUUUUGGAGGUGAAAAAAAAUCCA